CAAGGACUCUGUGCACGGGGGCAGUGGUUUGAAAUGAGGCAUUGUGGCCUAAUCAAUGGUUUUAUUGGAUUAGAGCGCGUUGUGUGUGAGGUGCUCUGGUGGGAUAAUAGGCAACUUUCUGCUCCAUGCUGGAGGGGUGUGAAUGGGGCAGGCUCACUUCCCUCUGCACCUCGGAGCCCAGCUGGAUGGGUGAGGACCCUUCGCAGCCCCCAGAAAGAGUUUUCUUGCCAGUCCAGGAGGGCCGGGGAUGGGAACUGGAGGACACAACAAGAGCUGAUUUUGCUCUCUCUAAAGAAAAUUGCUCAGCAGCAGCAGCAGAAGAGGAGGAGGAGGAUGAUUGGGGAGUCCUGAAGGGCAGCGCGGGUGAUUAUACCCAGGGGCUGACAAUCUACGGGGAAUCUUCUCACACAAAAGGAAAGUUGUUGUUUGUUUGUGUCAUUCCUGGAGAUGGUGAUUGACUCCAGCAGACCAAUCACUUGUGUGUGCGCCUCUGGAUAAGCUGGACUUGAUUGGGGACAAGCUCAGGAACCGUCCAUUUGUGAUCUAAUAUAUUAGCCAAACAAUUUAGUGUAUUCAUGAGGUAACCUCAAAGUGGAGGCUUGAAAAUUACCCGUAAUCAGUGGCAGCAUCUAGUCAGCGACCCCUUGUAUGAUGAGUGUGUCUAAUAAGGAGGCAUGAGAGCUUUUUACUGCUUUUCCUCAAUCACUGGACACGAGCAACACCAGAUACAAGAGCCUGCGUGCACCUCAGGAGCCUGAUCAUCCUCCAGACCCCAGACCAGCACACGGAGACCCCCUGCCUGGGGUAAUACCUGGUGACCCUGUGCCCAAACUGCAACAGCGUACCUAAGUGCCCAAGGUACCAGCUAGGGACCCAUUUCCCAAAUCAACACCAGGAUACCUCAAUACUAGUUGGGGACCCAUUGCCCAAAUCAACACCAGAGUUCCCACCGGUACCAGCUGGGGACCCUCUUUAUUACCAGGUUACCCCAGCGCCCACAGUUUCAGCCUUGGACCCUUUUCCUGGCGGCAAAGGGAAUUCUUCUCCAUAUAUGUUUGAGAAAACGCGCAGUAUGGACAUUAGGUGCAACCCUGGCACAGAGGAGCCCCGAAUCACCAAACCUGGGCACAAGGAAGGCAAAGACUCCAGGGACAGCCAAAGCAGCCUUGGGGACUCUUACCUCAAGGAGCAGCAAGCCACAUACUCAACUCCUGGAGCCUCCGACAACUGUGUAAAGUCCAAGAACGGUGGAGCAACUGACCCAGACUACUGCAGGAGAAUUCUGGUCCGAGAUGCCAAGGGCUCCAUCCGGGAGAUCAUCCUUCCGAAGGGGCUGGACCUGGAUCGGCCCAAGCGGACACGAACCUCCUUCACCGCGGAGCAGCUGUACAGGCUGGAGAUGGAGUUCCAGAGGUGCCAGUACGUGGUGGGCCGAGAGAGGACAGAACUGGCCCGGCAACUCAACCUCUCAGAGACCCAGGUAAAAGUGUGGUUCCAGAAUCGCAGGACAAAGCAAAAAAAGGACCAGGGUAAGGACUCUGAGCUGCGGUCAGUUGUCUCAGAAACUGCAGCCACCUGCAGCGUUCUACGGCUAUUGGAACAAGGCCGCCUCCUGUCCCCUCCUGGUCUGCCUGGACUAUUGCCAGCCUGUGCCGCAGGAGCACUGCGGGCCACCAACAAUUCUGGACCCGGGGGUCCAUCCAUCCCUGAAGUCACCAAUGCCCCCCCUCACCAACCUGGACUGCACUCUUCAGGGCACAGCAUCUUCAGCAUGCCUGUGCCAUCUUUACUGGGCACUGUGGCCAACCGGUUAUCCUCUAACCCACUGACAAUGGCAGGGAACCUCCAGGAACUCUCCGCCAGGUACCUCAGCUCCUCAGCCUUUGAACCCUACUCUAGAAAUGCAUCUAAAGACGUUCUAGAGAAGAAAUCUCUGGACUGACUAUUCCUAAUGUGGGGCGACCCUCUCCGACUAAAUGUAUCAGGCAUGUGAUGCCGCUGACCUUGAAAUUCUCAGAAUUCUCUACCACCUGAUGCCACCAAUCCCCAACCUCAGAAUACUCUACCAUUAAUGCCAUUGACUGCCAAACUUCUCAGUACUUUCCCCCUUAAUGCCAUCAACCUAAACCUCAAAAUAUUUAAACUCACUUUCACCAAUCCCCAAACCUCAGGCCUCGUACACACGACCGAGUUUCUCGGCAAAAACCAGCAAGAAAC